ACAGGGAAAAUAGAGCAUUUGGUUCCCACUCUUACACCAGAUGGACUGGAACAAAUGCGCAACAUGCUUCAAAGGAUGGAUGCCAUUGCAAGGCACGCCCGCUCCGUUGGUGUUCGUGUUAUGGUAGAUGCUGAACAAAGCUAUUUUCAACCCGCAAUCCGACGCAUAACCACGGAGAUGAUGCGGCUGUUCAAUCCUUUUUUCAUUAUUUACAUUCAGAGUGCUCAUGAGAACUUGCAUCACGAUUUGAACUAUGCCCUGGCGGAAGAUUUCUUCUUCGGUGCAAAGCUAGUUCGCGGUGCCUAUAUGGAACAGGAACGUUCUCGCGCAGCCACCCUGGGUUACGAAGAUCCCAUCUGUUCCGAUUACGAAGCCACUUCUCGAAUGUAUGAGUCAUGUGUUGAUGAAGUGUUGCAAUUCAUUGUAAAACGUCCCAUCGGUCGAGUCUCAGUGAUGAUGGCCACUCACAACGAAAAUACGGUGCGCUACGCAUUGAAACGGUUAGUAUAUUUUUAUAAACGCAAUCAUUUCGAAAUUGUGGAAAGAGACUGA